UCGUUCAUGCUAGCUCGCAUCGCACUGGCGCCGAACACACGAUUCUGCCUCGCGCUUUUGGGGUUUGGAAAAACAAAGAAGUCGAUCAGAAACCGCUGGUUAUGGUGGCGAGACGAAAAAUGUUCAGAAGCUGAAAUCCACAAAUCGAGGAACACGAAGAAGCAGAGAUUAACAGAGCAAUGGGAGCAGUAACAGCACCAGCGCCAUGGAAGCAGCUCCUUCUCAACGCAAUGGAAUCCAAUUCCCACCUCAGGCACUCUUCCUACAUUCAGCUUGCAACGAUUGGUUGUAAUGGGAGACCUUCAAAUCGUACUGUUGUUUUCAGGGGAUUUCAAGAGGAUAGUGAUAAGAUUCAAAUCAAUACUGAUGGUAGAAGUCGUAAGAUUGAGGAGCUUAAGCAUUGCCCUUUUGCUGAGAUAUGUUGGUACUUUACUGACUCUUGGGAGCAAUUUCGGAUCAAUGGAACAGUUGAUAUUAUUGAUGGAUCAAAUCCCGACCCCAUAAAACUUCAGCAAAGGGAGAAAUCGUGGGCUUCCAGUUCUCUGAAAUCAAGACUGCAGUAUUUGGGGCCCCAGCCAGGUCUUCCCAAUCUAAGUGAAGAACCACCCAAGGACGUCUCCAUAGAUCCUUCUACAGGCCCGGUUGGUGCAUUUUGUGUUCUUGUUCUAGACCCGCAACAGGUUGAUUACUUGAACCUGAAGAGUAACCAGAGGCUAACGUUUGCAUCCACUGGAAGUCCCACUGAAGAGAAGUGCUGGACUUCAGAAAGUGUUAACCCCUAAACUUCUGCUCUAGGGUUUAACCAGAGGCGAACAUGAAACAUGUCGUUGUUUACUGAUGAUUUAUUCUGUCAAGUCGACAAUAUAAAAAGGAAGAUAUAUUUGUAUAUUGAUGAUUGUAUGAAGUUAAUCUUUAAUAAUUAAUUACAUUGCAACUUAGAUUCCUGCUUGGCUGCUCGU